GAAAGCAGUGUGGAGACCAAGGCAAGGGGAGGCCACUAGAUCCUGGAGCCAUGGAGCUUCCCAGUUACAGCAAGCAGUUGCUGCAGCAGCUGUACACACUCUGCAAGGAGCAGCAGUUCUGCGAUUGCACCAUCUUCAUUGGGACUGUUCAUUUUAGAGCACACAAGGUUGUUUUGGCUGCUGCCAGUGUGCUUUUUAAAUCCUUGUUGGAUAGCACAGACACCAUCUCCAUUGAUGCUUCUGUGGUGACACCGGAGGAGUUUGCGCUGUUGCUGGAGAUGAUGUACACUGGCAAACUCCCGAUGGGGAAACACAACUUCACCAAAGUCAUCUCUGUGUCGGACAGUCUGCAGAUGUUUGAUGUGGCUGUUAGUUGCAAAAACCUCCUUAGAGACCUCCUCAGCUCCUCAACUCAGGAUCAGAUAGUGAGAGAGGUCUCCAGCCAGCCAGCAAAGUCAUCUGGAAACAGUGCUGAAGCUGAUAACCUGCCCCAGUCUGAAAAACCUCCUGCUGAAGAAAAAACAGAUACCCAGCACCCUCAGAGAGUGUCCCCUUCUCCUGGCCCUGUAGAAGCAGAAAUGGAAGGAGGUGUUUCUCUUCCUGACCAAGAGCUUACUGCGAAUCACACCUGGGUUCCACAGGACACAGUGCUGACCAGCUCUGGAUCCCUCAGGGCAGAUUCAGGCUCUCAUCCUGACCAGCCUGCCUGCACAGAGCAGUGUGGCUGUGCAGAAGAGGAGCCUGCUGAGCCUCUGGAGAAGAAAGGAAGAAUGAGUGAUUUAGCAGCAGAGAGCAAAAGCUGUGAACUGGAUUUCUUUCUUCGAUACGAAAGUGUUUUCUCUGAGGCCCUUUCUGAUGCCCAUGCUGUUCUGAGAAGACUAGAAGAGUGCAGAGAAAUUGAUGCCUCUCAACGGGAGGCUCUGGUUACCUGUCUGGCAGAGGCAGGGGAACAGUCGGUGUUCACAAAGCUGUUGGGCGAAGUGAAGGAUGCUGAGACCCUGGAUGCACAGACCCUUGUGUCCUUACUGAAGCUGUUUCAAGAUGUGAAUCCCAAGCUGAGAGCAGCCUUGCUGGAGAAGGAACAGGACAGUGGAGAAGCCCUGCAGCAAACAGAGAGCGCGAAAGAGGGAAAGAUGCUGACUGCUUGUUUGCUGGGAUGCAGGGAGGAGCUGAUCCAGAGCGUGACACAGCUGAGCCCUAUCAUAGAGUUCCUGGAGGCAGCAGAAGAGGGAUUCCUGACCACUUCAGAGAAGCGGGCAGUUUUGGAUUGUUGUGAAGGUAGCUCUCAGAGGGAAGCCAUCCACAAUCUGCUCAAGAAGGUGGAAGAAGAGAAAACCCUGAAAGCUGAAAGUUUGGUCAAACUUCUGGGGGCUGUGAAGGCAUCAUUCCCUGGUCUCCACUUUCUGCUAGACAACUUGAUGGUAGCUUCAAAUGUCUCUGAUGACAAAGUCAAAUGGAGCCCAGAGGAUUAUGGAGCCAAACUGUUGAGACGAUACCAAGAAAGCUUGGUGGAGCUCCUUGCAGACCCUCAGACACUGCUGCAGGGGAUCUCUGCUGCACAGAGCCUAGCUCCUGCUGAGAGAGAGGUGAUGGAACUAAUUGUGAAGCAUGAGACUGGCUCAGGUGGUUUUGUCUCGCUUGUGUCCGCGGCACUUGAGGAGCAGUCUCUGUUGGUGUCUGCAGUUUGGCAGCUGCUGCUGGCUGUGCGAGUGGCCAAGUUCCUGCUGAACAUCCUCAUGGAGGAGAUCCAGAAAGAACCAGGCGCGGAAUUUUUCUUCUAGUCAGUGGCCACCAGUGAAAGCACAGCCAUUGAGAUCAUCCUGCGGCACAGCAAGUUGAUCUCGGAGGCCAUUAGGCAGAGAGCGGACUGGAGGGCUUGGCACCAGGGGGAAGCAGGACUCACAGAAGCAGUGAAAGAGCUACUGAGUAUUUCUGCUCAGAAGGAAAGUUGAGAGGCCUCCUUGAAAGCAGCUCUGAGUACAGCACAGGAGAAGUCUGUCCUGGCCAUCAAGAUCUGUCAGCUGCUGUGCAAUGUCCAUGAGUCUUUCCCAGACCUGCAGCCAGUGAUGCAGGAGCUAGGGCAUGUGGGGCUCUUGACAGAAGGAAGUGGAGAGGAACCUGGGAUCAGGAAGUGGAAGGUGAACAGUGAGUCCCAAGUUGAAGCUCUGGACAAAGAAGAGGACAGGGCAGGAGGUGCUGGGACCAAGGAACCAAAGGAACCACGAGAGAAAGCUUCUUCCAAGAAGAGUUUUAUCUGCAAAGCUUGUGACAAGAGCUUCCACUUCUACUGCCGCCUAAAGGUGCACAUGAAACGUUGUCGGGUGGCCAGAGGAAAGCAAAUCCAGUGUAAGGAGUGCACUGAAGUCAAAUCCACAAAGAAGGAGCUGGAGAAACAUCAGCUGGAGGUCCAUGGAGCAGUGGGGGUAGCCAAGAAGAAGACGAGGCGGCUCCCUGUGGCAUGUGACAUCUGUGGCCGAGAGUUUGCUCAUGCCUCAGGGAUGCAGUACCACAAGCUGACGGAGCAUUUUGACGAGAAGCCCUUCUCCUGUGAGGAGUGCGGGGCCAAGUUUGCGGCCAACUCCACGCUGAAGAACCACCUGCGGCUGCACACAGGGGACCGGCCCUUCAUGUGCAAGCACUGCCUGAUGACCUUUAUGCAGGCCUCGGCCCUAGCCUACCAUAACAAGAAGAAGCACUCUGAGGGAAAGAUGUACGCGUGCCAGUACUGUGACGCUGUGUUCGCCCAGUCCAUCGAGCUCUCACGCCACGUCCGGACCCACACAGGGGACAAGCCGUAUGUCUGCCGGGAGUGUGGGAAAGGCUUUCGCCAAGCCAAUGGGCUCUCCAUCCACCUCCGGACCUUUCACAACAUAGAAGAUCCCUAUGACUGCAAAAAGUGCCAGAUGAGCUUUGCUACCCUUCAGGAGCAUCGCAAACAUGUCCACAAAGUCCACUCCCGAGAGUACCAUCCUUGCCCCACCUGUGCUAAAGUGUUCAGUGCCCCAUCCCUUCUGGAGCGCUACAUGGUGACCCAUGUUGGAGGAAAGCCCUUUAGCUGUGAGAUCUGUAAUAAAGCCUACCAGCAGUUGUCAGGUUUAUGGUAUCACAACCGGACCCACCACCCUGAUGUCUUUGCAGCUCAGAAUCACUGAUCCUCUAAGUUCUCCUCACUGCAGCUCAGCUCCUGUGACAAAACCUUCGCCAGCACUGCUGCUCACGGAAAGCACGUCAAAGCAGAGCACACUGAUGUAAAGCUCCAUGAGUGUGAGAUAUGCAAGGAACUCUUCCCUACGCUGGCUCUCCUGCAGGUCCACGUGAAGUGCAGGCACUCAGGCAGCCAACAGGUUCGCUACUUGUACUGCUCAGCUGCCUCCUGCUUCCCAGGGGCCCUGCAGCACCAUGUCACCAGUGAGCACUUCAAGCAGACAGAGAGCACCUUUGCCUGUGGACUCUGUGGGGAGCUCUUCACCUCCCAGGGUGAGCUGGAGGGGCACUACAGCGUUGAGCAUCCCAAGGUGGUCUUCACAGAGGCCCAAGCCACCACAGCCCAGAUUGUGCAGGUGAUUCAGACGUCAGAGGAAGGAGCAGCAGAACACAUCAUCUCUUUUGAUGAAUCCCAGGUUGCUGGCUCUCAAGUCUUUGUGACAUUGCCCGAAUCCCAAGUGAGCCAAGCUGGCUUGGAGCUGGUGCCAGUGACUAUGGAGGACUUGUUUGAUGACAAAGUCACUCUGAUUUGUGAAGAAACCAAAGGAGAGUGAGCAGUGGGUGUCCAUGUGUGGCACCUGGUAUACACUGGACUAGUUGAGGAGCCAUACCUAGUAAUGGUGCUCUAGCUGGGAAAUUCAUGGUUUCUGUGGAAAAGCAAGUCUGGAUGGCAUGUAGCAAGCACAGCGUGGCCAAGGACAGGAGAGGUUUGUAGACUUUCGUAAGGACCUAGGAAGUCUCACUGUCCCUGCAGUCAACAGCUGCCGGCUUGGGUGAGUGGGACCAGCCAUUCCUCCCAGCUCAUGAGAAAUAAAGCAGCAGGAAGGAAGAUGGGAAAUGGGUUUUCUUCAUGUGUGGUCCUCCACUGCCCUGAGCAGGGUGGAAAGGAGGAGAGUAGCGCAGCCUAGAAUGAAGUUGAGAUAGGGUGGGCUUGUGAAACCAGAGAAAAAGCUGUCCUGAGAAUUUAGGGUAGAAGAAAGGGAGUUUUUUAUGGCUGAAUCAGUGAUAUUCUCGCAGAUGCCAGUUACUCUGCAGGGUGAGGAAGGGCUGCUUUGUUUUGUCUGUUUCUCUUCCCUUUACUAUCUUGCUGCCACUGAGCCAGCUGGAAAAGUCCCCUAGUGCAGAGAUGCUGUUUGGGCUCUUCUACUUGAGUGGAGUCUUCUUUGGGAAUUGGGUUAAAUGGCUCUGCAGCCGUUUAGGUAAUACCUGGCGCAGUGCAGGUCUAAUCUCAUCCACACUUCGGAGGUGACUGUGCAUUACAACGAAGGGUCAGAGCACAGGCUGGGCAACCACAUCCUCUUUCUGAGCAGACAACAGCCCUGAGACCUUCCACCCUUUCUCUAAUUCAGGGAGGAGAUGACUAAGCUGCCACAUCCAAGGAAGGAGAAGGAGCUGUGCCUGUAAGCCAGGGCCCCUUGUUUCUUGGUUGUUUAAUACAGUUACCAAGGGAUUGUCGUUAAUGAAGGUAUUUCUGUCAGAGUGACUGCCGAUAGCUGUUCCCCGUGGCACACAGGACAUUGCUUUGUAAAAUGCAUUCAGAUACCUGAAGUAAAGCUUGCCUCUUUGGUGCCA